GAGAUAAUAUAUACAUGUACACACCCACGAUUAGCUUUACUCGCAUGUGUACAUGUGAUUUUUCACUUGGAUUGCGAAUUUUCGCAAACACCAGAUAAUUACGCGCGGUGGACGAGGUACACAAACAGCUCGGUACAUAUAAAUUGAAACGACGAUGACGACGAGCGAGCCUCGAUUUCGGAUCCAAAAGCUUGGCGAGCCCAAGGCGGCCCUGGGCUCUGGCGACACGUACCUGCUCGAGGACGCCCUACCGGUCGAGCGAGCCGUCUUCAACGAGCUUCUCAAAGAAGUGAAGUGGCACGAGAUGCGACACAAGGGCGGCCGCGUGCCCCGCGAGAUCUCGAUCCAGGGCAGCAUCACCAGGAGGGCCGAGGACGGCCACGACGUCGAGCCGGUCUACCGACACCCGGCCGACGAACAGCCCGGCUUGGUCCACUGGACGCCCAGCGUGCUCAGGAUCAAGAACCAGGUGGAGGAGCUCGUGGGCCAGGAGCUGAACCACGCGCUGAUCCAACUGUACAGGGACGGCCGGGACUUUAUCGGGGAACACUCGGACAAGACCUUGGACAUCCUCAAGGGCUCGAGCAUCUACAACUACAGUCUAGGGGCGAGCAGGACAAUGGUACUUAAGCACAAGGAAACGGGGAUCAGACAGAGGCUCCACCUGCCCCACAACUCGCUGCUCCUGAUGGGCUGGCGGACGAACCGGGAAUGGCUCCACGAAAUAAGGAUGGACAAGCGGCCCGUGAGCGAAAAGCGGCCCGACGAGCUGGCGUUCAACGGGCGCAGGAUAUCGCUGACCUUCAGGACGAUAGCCACCUUUCGCGAUCGCAGGACUGGCAAGCUCAGCGGACAGGGGGCCAGAGUUGUUGGGAAGGUCGAUGAUGAUGUCGCCGCCGCCGCCGCUGCAGCAGACGAGCGGCAAAAGCAGCAGACGGAUUUGCUGGUGGCCUUUAGCGCGGAGAACAAGACUGGCGCCAAGUUCGAUUGGGACGAGCACUACGGGCGUGGCUUCGACGUUUUGAACUUUAAUCUGGUCAACACCAGCGGGCACCAGCAACACUAGGGAUCGUAUUAUUAUUUUUCUUCUUUUAUUUGGAUCCUAUUAGUUGUUGUUGUUGUUGUUGAUUCAACCUUAACAUUUUUCUUUGCGCGAAUUCAUUGUAAAUACAUGAUCAUAUAAUAUAUAUUGUUACAACGGUGUUGUGCAGACAAACAAAAAGUUCAAAAUUUCAGACGUGCACGUUUAUAUAAAUAAGUAUACAUGUAUUUAUAG